UGAAUGAGUGCUAUGGUGAGAGAUAUUUAGGCAAUAUGAAACCCGAAUGCUUCUUAAUUUUGAAUAUGGCCCUCAUCAGAGGCUGCAAUUAGAUGUACGCAAUCGCUUCCAGGAAGCAGCUGAUUGUCAGAUGAGGAAUGCACAAUAACAAUAGAUCAUAGAAUUGCCUGACGGAACCCGCUCCUCCUCGCCUCAUGUACCCAGUGUGAUUUGCAGGCUGCGAAAUGAAUCAUGGGACGCCGUUGGAAGAUUUGGCGGGAUCCCGAGCAACUGCGGGCUGCCUAAAGCUAUUCAUUCAGCGUGACUACUCAGAGGGAACGUCUGUAAAAUUUCAGACUAAAUUCCCACCAGAAUUAGAAGGAAAGAUAGAAAGGUCUGUCUUUGAAAAUACCAUCAAUGACAUCAAUGGUAUGUUUGUAGAGGCAGAGAAAAUGUCGUGUGGGCGUUACUGUGAAGGCUGCUUAGGUUGUUUAACGGCUUACCUUGUAUUCUUUUGUAUGGAAACGCACUAUGAACAGAUGAUGAAAAGGGUGACCAAGUACGUUGCUGAACAAAAUGAGCGUACUUGGUCACCCAGAGGUCUGCUUCUCACCAACCCCAUUGAACGAGGAUUACGAGUUAUUGAGAUCAGUUUAUUAACGGAGCCAGCGACGACGAGAACGCAAUAAUUCGUCCAAAUAAUGAAAAUACUUCUAAGGAUUUCUAUUCCUUCAUUAUCAUCUUUCACUCUCAUAAUCAUUGUUAGCCAUUCAUAGUCUCAUUUUCAUAUUCACCGUUUAUACCAUUAUGAGUGGACGGGAUCACUGUCACUCAGUACAGUAGCUUUUAAGGAGCAAAUGAAGUGUACGUAAUGUGUUCUAUAUCUCGGCAUGUACAGACUCUUCAGGUAAGUGGGAGUAUCUUUACGUUGUAUAGAAUUUUAUACUCAUGCCUUAAUGUUUUGGAAUUACUGUAUUGAGGGUGAUAAAACUCCCACCUAGGAAGUGACAAGUGGUUGGAUUCUCCCUUCCCACAAAGCACUUGAGUAAACAAAUACAGAAUUGUAAGAUAAACUAUCAUAAAUAUAAUAAAUCCCCUCCCCCCCCUUUAAAAAUAAAGUGAUAUGGGUAAUUGUGACUGAAGUACUUUUACGUACUUUGUUAUAACUUUGAGUGUCAUUUAUCAGUACUGUAUGUUAGAUACCAGUUUAAAAGACAAUGUGUCUGUACAACUCAAAUUUUCCUCCUGACCUGAAAAUUGGAAUACUAUUAUGAAAGAGUGUAAAUUUGAUAUAUUAAUGAAAGUGUGUAAAAAGUGGACACUUUAGUGUUUAUUAUCAUUAUAUAACAAACAACUGGAGAAAUUUUUUUUUACAUGUAAUGAAAGCUAGUUUAGGACAUUAUACCAAUGCAUUUAUCAGGAAUUUUAAAGAACAUUUUAUAUUUGUAAUGCAAAUGACUGUAUUGUAUUCUGCAACGUACGUUUUUUUUUUUUUUCACUUUACUGUUUUAGUCUACAUUCUUUAUCAUUGUGUCCAUCAGACUCAACCCUGUUCUGGCAGUUUUAAGGUUUGAAAUUUUUAUGGAAUUGAAGUUUUUCUUGGCAAAGUUUAUAUGUAAAGGCAUUAUAUAUCUACAUAUAUAUGCAGUAAACUGUUGUAACUCAUAUAUUUAUACUGUAUUAACUGCCCCAAAACACGUGAUACUUCUCACAAUAGACUGGCGUAACCAUGUGAGAGGAUUCCAUGAAGCAACCCUGUGAUCAUUGUGUGCUUAGUUUGCAAGGAUCCCCAAAGGCGAUUUUUCUUACUGGGGUCACUUUUACUUUUAACCUCCAUUGUUUUAUUUAUCAUUUUUGUUAGACAUGAAGGAGUAAAAUUGUAAUAGGUAAAUUCCUCAGAAUUGUUUUCCAGGAAGGUGUGUAUGACAAUAAAUGUAGUAAUUGUGCAGUUAGACAAAGGUUCUGUAGAAAUUAAAAAGUUCAGGGGGAGAUUUGUCUAAAAUUGGCUGCUGGCAAAUUUAUAAAUUGUUUUGCAUAUAAUUUUUUUUGGUUUAUUUUUUUUUGAUUAGUAAUGGAUGGAGUAUUUACCAUGAUGAUUACUUUUAUAGCAUUGCAUUUUUAUUUUGAAAAAGUUGAUUAUGAAAACUUAAUCUCGCAGAAAAGCUGCAGAUUUGUUUACGCAUAUGUAAAAAGAAUCUGAGUCUCUAUCCUUUUCAUCCUUUUAAGAAAGAGACUUUGAUCAAUCUUGUAACUCCAGUUCCAGUGUUGUAAUGGGAGGCUUUAGUAAAUUGGCAGUCUGUUGCAAUGUGAUACAAUUUUUAUGAAUUUACUAACCAUUACUUUCAAAAGCUUUCUGAUGAUGUCAUGUCUUGUGUUGUGUAGCAGGUAAUAUGUUUGAAAUAUUGGAACCAGUGACAAAAGGAGUAAAAUAGAGUACAUGUUACAGCAUGAGUUCUUUCUCUUUUUGAGAUAUUUGUUUGCUUUUGAAGUGUUUGGAAUAUUUUGGGUGUGCGUAAUUUGAUUGAAGACAGGUUUAUAAAAGAAACCUAAGUAAAAAGAGGAGCUUAACAUUCAAGUUUCAAGUUGAAUGUAAAUGUAUUGAGUUGACCAAACUUUUACAAUCCAGUAGGAUAGUUCUUGGGAUCUAUUGCUGCUUAUGAAAUAUUUUUUGUAUUUAGAUGGCUACUUAGUGAAGUCUGUUAUACAAAGGUUGGAAAUUUGAUGCUAAAAUACUGUGGCAUGACUAUAGAAGAACUUGGAGUCAGUCAUCGGCAUCCAUUGGAUUCUUCAGUAUGCAUCACUUGAGGAGAAAGUAAUGUUCUUUUCAUGUUAAAAGCUUAAAAUUGAGGGAUUGGUCUCCCAUUAGUCAUUUAACCCUUGCCAUAGCUUUACAAGUCAUGUUGUGGAUUAAAAUUCUGGUCAUUCUUGUAAAUGUAAGUGCCAUGUGUAGGUAGUGAUGAAAACAUCAUGCUGAUCCUGGGUGACUGGUAAGGUUAUUUUCUUGGGGGGUGGAUUGACUUUGGGAAUUGUAAGGGAAACUUUUUUUCACAUUUAAGAAAAGGGGGCUAAAAUGAUUCUAGGUAGUCUGAGGUAUUAGACGUUGGCAUUAGCGUGAAGUAGGAAGUUAAUCCAUCUGUACUAUGUGGUAAUUGGUUAUUGAAUAUCACUGGCUGACAUCAUCACUGAAAUUAAUUUGAUUUAAAUUUUUAUGGAAUUUCAAGGUUCUGGUGUAUUCUGGCAUCUUUGUUCUAGUUGGCCUAUCCAGGAUUUAGUACCUCAUUUGGGUGUAGCAUGGUAUAGUAGUACAAAGUUGGUAAUGUCACGAUGUGGAUGGUAAAAAAGGAGCUUGCUUGUAUGCCUGCCCACUCUUACACAUACAUGUGUCAUUCAGCAUUACAAGAAUAAAGCCAGAUAUUCAUAUCAUAUUUAUAAGCAUUGGUUUUCUGACUGACAUUCAUUUUUAUGCCAGAUGUUGUUUUCACUGGUAAACUUGAUUGUAGUAAUGUUUAGUCUAGCAUGUUCAUUGAAGGUUGAUUUUUAAUAACAUUAGUAGUAACUUCAUGAAAAUGGCUUUAAUCACGAAUCAUUUUUGAGUAGUGAGGUAAGAUUUUAUAUAGUAGCUGUAUUAUGUUGUUUCACGUGAAUUUGUUUAUAUGAUUUAGACUUUAAGUUAGAGUAAUAUAUUUAUUACGUACCAAUACUUAUGAUAAUCAUGAUCUUCUGUUAUGUAAUUUAUGUUAGGUUGCAACAGCCUCACAGUGUACUUUGCAUAGAUCUUAUAUAUAUAUAUAAAUGUCAGGGUACGAAAAGUAAUAUGCUUAUAUGGACUUCACUCACAAGCAGAUAUUGUAUGUGCUAUCUUGAUCAUUUGGUAGCUAACAUCUUACACCUGCACUAUAUCGUAAUGCUAUAUGAAAACUGAUGUUCUGUAUUUGCCUAUUGACAGAUGAAGUGUUUUCAGAUUUCCUUCUUGUGCAUUAUUUUUUGCUUAUUCUUAACUUGUGUCACUAUUAAUGAAUGGAAACACAGAAUCACUAUACAUACGUACUUUGUUUUUGUCUUUAGUAGUAUUUACACUUUGUUAUUAAUUCUGUUUGUGUGUUACUGUAUCAGCUUCUUAGUCAGUUGCAUAUUGCAUGAUGUCACUUCAUGUUUAUCAGUUCUCUAGCCUUUGAGCUUCCUAUUUAACCAGUUAUAUCAGUUGGAAUAUACAGUACAGAAUUUUAAAUUUUUACAGGUUUUUAGUAUACAAGUUCAAUAGUUUUCAAUUUAUGGUACAGAGUUAUUUCUAUAAUUUGUUAAUUUUAACAUACGUAUUUCAUAUAUUUUUCAGGAGUUUAAGAUGCACCAUCUGCAUUGUAAGGCUUGAAUACCUUUUCCCAAAGUGUAUGAGUAUUUUUAUGUGGCUCAUUGUAUUUAGCCUUUACUGUUUUAGUUAACUUAAUAGUUUGAAAACAGCUUUACUCUGUUGACGAUCUAAAUGGCUGAAUUGGCUUUUUAUUCCAUGGAUAGUAAUUAUUCUUAGUCUGUGGUUUAUAGUUGGUUCCCCAUGACUGAUGAUAUAAUGCCUGUUCCCUUUGUCAGUUUGUAUCCCCAGUGUUGGUCUGUACAUGGUGACAUUGCAGAGGUAAAGAACUUUUUUUAAAGUGAAAAGACUGAUUGGGUUUUGUCUUCAUCAGUGUAGACAUUGCGUGUGGGUGAAAUCUUAUGAGUAAGUUUUUUUUUUAUCAUGAAAAAAUAAAUUGAAACAAGACUUCUGUCAGUUCUUAGCAUAUAGGGGUUUUGGUGCUAUUCUCUCAUGACUUGAGGGAGAUUAAAUUUGUGAGAUAAGAUCUUGAAGAGUGACCAGUUUUCAAAUUAUUUUGGCAUUGUAUUUUAAUUUCACAAUGCUUGAUUUUUAGAUUUUUUACCGAAAUGAAAAGUUUGAUUGCCAUACCUGUGCAACUUUUCUGCAGUUUUAUGAAGUUUGGUGAACAAACACCUUAUAAGAAUGUUUGAAGUUCCUGUUUAAUAUUACUAUACUAGUGAUGAAGCCAUCAGAGCUAGAUACGAUAUAUGUUUUGUUAUGUAUCCUUAGUGUCAGUUCACAUAAUGAUUUCCACGGUCUUUCAUUCUUAGAGGGGUUACUUUCAUAUUUUUGUCUUUGAUAGUGGAUGCUUUUUUGCUUAACAAAUUUGAGGUCCCUAGAGAAUGAGGGAAACUUAUCUUUAGCUAGGAUUGAGAUGGGCAGCUGGAAAGUAGUUGAGCUAAGUAUGUGUAAUAUCCUUUGUGGAUGUACUUUGAGAAUUCUGACAAAUGAAGCCUGAAAAUUUAAACCAUUACUGAUGAACUUGUUUACGGUGUUGCUUUGGUGUUGAAAGGAGAUUGAUUACUCUUAUUUAGUAUUCUGCUGAAGGUGUAGUUUUGUUGUAAAUCUAGCAAUUCUUAAUUGUUUUUUUUUUCACAAAUUUUUUUGUUUUUUUAUUUUUUUUUAAGUCUGUUAAUUUCCUGCAAUAAGUAUAGCCUUUUCUUCAAAAAGUAAUGUUAGUUCUAUUUUCUUUCUUGGAUAGUUUCAUAGAAUUAAACUAAAGAUAAAUCAUUACUUACCUACCUAUACACUGACAGUUACUGAAUAUCAUUAACAAUCAGAAUAAGUGUUUCAGAAAACGGUCUUUUAAAUUCAUUAGAAGUAUUUUAAAUAUUUUUUUGUAUUUAAUCACAUAUCAUCUGUCUUAAGUAUCUGGUUUUGUUUGUUUUGAAAGUGUUCAAUUGAGACUGUACACAAUAAGACAAGCAGCAGUUGAUACUAUAUAUGUAGUGUUUUUCUCCCUAAUUGACAGAUGUUUGCUUUUUGUAGUUUGAAAGUAUUGUCCUUUUUCCUCAGCUAGGGAGGUGGCAUAAUGUUUUUUUCAGGCCAGCAUUGUGAUAAUCUGUUGAGAAAAUUAACUGAUUGGUUGAAGUGUUGAAAAUGGUAGUGUGAAUAUCAAAGAUUUCCUGUUUUGAAAUUUGAGUCAUAUUAGCUGAGAGUAAAGUGAAGAGGAAGCUUGUGAGGUUUUCUUUAUUUUAUCAUUGGUUCCCUUUUUUCAAAUCUUAUGGUAACCGUGUUCGAAAAGGAGGGAAUUAUUUUUGUAGUUGUCAGUCUUUGUUUAUAUACCAACCCCAAGAGAGAAAGUUUUCUUACAUGAAGUGCUGAUUUUAUCUUUUCUCCUUUAAUUUAAGAAAUACAAGUGCCGACAUUUCUUCUUCAGACCACUUUUUGUAUUUUGUGUUUCAAUCUUGUAAUAGAAGACCAGUUGCUUAGUUUAUCUACUGAACAUUUUUUUAUGGGUAACAUUUCACAUAUACAGGUGAUGUGAGUUCUUAAAUCAGCUUGUGUAGUAGUAAAUGUUCUUAUUUGGAGCCUCUGCAUGCUCAAAAUGAUAUUAUUCUUGGAUAUUGAUGUUCAGGCAAAAAAAAAAGAAAAAAAAAGAGUAAAGAAGCACUCAACAGUACUUAAGAAAAACUGUAUUUUAUCCAUAACUAUAAUGUGAAGAAGUGUUUCCUCAUCUAUGAGAUUCCUAAUUUCCGUUAGUGGUUGGUUCUGCUCACGAGACUGCAGCGGUCUUGAUUGAUUUCGAAUAUAAAUCCUAAUAUAUAAAUAUGUGGUCUUCCUCUAUAAGCAGUCUUUACUGUUCAUCCUCAACUUCUAGAUUGUUUAUAUUGGGAGGAUAGGGAUGCAUUUCCAGAUGCAAAGCACUUUAGCAGGAGAAAGCAGCUUUGAAGUGCUUUGCACUCCUUGAAGCACCCUUGGUAAUCAUUAGUCUAGCUAGAUUGAGAGACUAUUUUUUAUAUGAUGCUAAUUCAUUCAAUUCAUUGUUGUAUAUUUGCUUGUAGCAGUGUUGCAGGCUUAAUGGGAAUUGGCUCAAGUGUUUUGAUUUGUUCUUAGGGUUUUUGAGAACACAGAAAAGUUAGAAUGGAAUGGCAAGUCAUUCCACAGUAUCAGACUAACUCAGUUACUGAUGUCAUCACAGUGGGACCUAGUUUUUGCAUUUGUAUGUAAGCAGGAAAUGUUAGUUCAACCAUGUCUCAUUUAAUUAAUUCUGAUUGUGACAUUCUCAUGUUUGUUUUCCAAAAUUUUUACUCAUUCUUGAUAAAAUGAUAGUUAGAUGAUGUGAGCAUUUUCUGGUAAGAUUUGGACAAUCUUUAAUAUUUGAUAAUGGAUGAAUGCUGAAGUGUUUGUUUCUGUUUGUAUAUGUAUGCAGCCUUUAUCUUGUGUUUUAUUCAUUUCGUAAUUGAAUUAUUAAUUGCAUCACCAAUUGUAGUCAUUAGAAUUUUGUAACUAACAUUUGGCACUAAGAAUUUCAUCCUAUUCCUCUGGUUUUUAUUUUGCAUGAUUAUUCCUUACAAUUUAUACUACAAAAGUAGUUAUGUGUAAUUUUUAUCUUUGGUAUUGCGCACUAGCAGAUUCCAAGCAGUAUGUGUGAUAUGGAUAAUUUGGUGUACUAAAGGAUUUUAUUUCUGUUUAGGUGCAGUGUCAGUGCAAAACCUUGGUACCCCACUUUUGCAGAGGAAAUUGAAAUUUUUAAUGCUAGGGGAAAAUUUUUGGGCUCUUUUUCAUAAUACACUAAAGGAGUAUAUAGGGAAUGAAAUUUUGGGAACUUACGAUUCUGUAGCAUUUAGAGUUUUGUGGUAAUACCUUAUAUAUAUUCAGUGUCUUUGGUAAUACCUUUUGUUUUUCCCUGUUCAUGGCUGAUACUGGUCUCUAUUAGGUCCUGCUAAGUAGGAUUGGAGAUGAGGAGCAGUAAAGUAACAAAGUGACGAAAAUCACUGAAAUCUGCCAGUAGCAACCCAAGAUAAUGCUGUGCAUACCAUUUGUUGAAAGAAAUUGGUGAGACAUUGCAUGUGACAUUGUGCUCUGCAUUUUUACUAAAAGUAAACUCACUCGUGAAAGGCUUCUCCAGCUCUGUAACAGAAAUUAAAUAUCCUCCAUAAGUGUAUGGAUCUAUAAGGACACUAACAAUGUGGAAUUUGGAGAUCCUGGACCCCUUUGGCCAAGGAAGUUCUCCUUUCACUGUAUUGUCCUGCUUAUUACUAGGUUAGAAUAUGUCUGGUUAAAUUGGGUUGUCUUUGUAGAUUCUACAUUCAUGAACUGAGGGAAAAGAAAAAGUGCCCCUUCAAACUCUACUCUUCUACAUGUUGUGAGAGAAUGGAAAAAUAAAUUUGCUUUUCUUUUUCUUAAGAAAUUUGAGUUUUAUCAGUAAUCUUAAGAAACCAUGCAUGUGUGUGGGAGGUGGGGUUAGGGAUGGCAUUUAGGUCCCAUUUGUACAUAAAGAUAUUUCCCAUUGAAUAAUAGAAGUACUCUUACCUAUAGCAAGUGUUAUAGUGAGCUGAACCUUAAUAGCAUUGAUGGGGUAGCCUUAGCUUGAUGAAAGAUUUUUGUACUUUCGAUAAAGGACACACUGGUAAGGAUAAUCUCACGUGAAAAUAUUAACGAUGGCAUUAUAGAUGAAAAUUCAAUUUGUCUGAUGUAUUUCUCAUUAACUCUUGAUUUAUUUUGUUAUGUUCUAUUUUGUCACUGUAAGGAAUUAUUAGAUUGCUGUUGAUUUUCCAAAAUGAGGGUCACAGUAGUGAUGUAUUUUCCUUGUGAACAUUGCAUGAUUUGAUCAGUCACUGUUGCAUGACACAUGCAGUAAUGUGAUUCAAGAGGAGACUGUGAAUGCCCUCUGCAAGUGGCUUAUUACUGCUGAUCAGAUCAUCCAAUCAUAUUUAAAUGUAAGAUUUUAUGUAACGUCUUUUCCAGUAGAUCUUCAUACCAUUUUGUUAAUGAGACAUUAUUUUCCUUUCUGUAGGUGAAUACAAUUGUACCUCCCGUCAUCCGUUCUGAAAAUAAAUAUGGAGUAUAUAUUA